CCUGUUUUACGUCAUUGGCAGCUAACAAGUCGUGAAGUCGUAUUUGACCUGCCGAAGCUAAAGCUCUGCUGUGAAACAUGGCAAAACUUAGCAAAGAGACCAAACAGCGUCUACAGCAGGUGUUCCAGUGCGGACAGUUUGUCAUCCGAUGGGGCUUUAUCCCCACGGUUCUCUACUUGGGUUUCAAACGAGGGGCGGAUCCAGGAAUGCCAGAACCCACAGUCUUGAGUUUGUUGUGGGGUUAAGGAGGACCUUCGCCUGACCAAUCACCUUCUCUCAACAUUACCCUACCAGCCGACCAGCAGUUACUAAGGAAACAAACACCAUUUCAUCCCCACAAACUGCAACUAAAGAGCCGGCACCCAUCUUACUGUCCAAGUAAACAUGUUGGCCAUCUCUCCACUCACCUAUAUGUGUAUGGAAUAUAUAUGAAUAUAUGUGUAUGGAAUAUAUAUGUGCUGUUAAGGUCCCUAUACGUCCCCAGUAAUGUAGCCUCAAUAUAUCCUGGACAAGUGAAGGCUGGCCAAUACAUCUAAUUUGGACUCUUGGAAUCACAUUGGAGUCAUUGGAGACUCCAGUGUAAUAGUGUACCAGGUUAUGCUUCUCUGGAGAAAUUGUUAUAUGCAAUGGAUUCAUGUAUGUCUGCAUAAAGUAUAGGGGAAUUCUUUAGUUUCUUUUUUAUAUAUAUAUACCUUCAGUGUAAGAAUUUGUUCAUUUUUUUUUCAAUUUCAAUCACUACUGCAACAAUUAAACUCCUGUUGAGCCUAGAAAAUACUUGUUCAGAAUAAACUAAUAGUGUAAACAAGCACA